GGCUUCUUGGCCUCUUAUUGCAACUGAGUACAGGUCGUAUGCUUUGGCAGCUUCGAGCUCAUCUGCGAAUGUACCAAUGUAGUUCUUGACUUGGUCAACAUUGAUGAGAGCUUGCCAGUUAUCGUUGUUUCUGGAAACUCCAAUGUACUGAGAUCUUCUUCUGAGUUGCUUCUUGUUGGCUGUCCUUGCUUUCUUUCGAGUCGAAGAAAAUCCAGCCACAGAUCUAUUCAGAAUGAGAUUCCUGAGUUUGAGUAGACUUUUACGUAAAUCUAAUUCAGGAGUCUUCCUCUUUCUCUUACCGAAUAUCCUAGAGAGACCAAUGCUUUGUUUCUGUUGACGCUCAAAUUUAAGAGAAUUUAGACUUAUUGAACUUUUGUGAUGAGAAGUCUUCUUGUCUGAUAUGUUUGUGUACGAUUUGUCAAGGGAAUGCUGGGCACAAGUUAUGCUAGGUAAUUCAAGAGAAGAGCAAACACAGUAGUCUUGGUUCCUAAAGAUUCUCUGUAGUAAUGGGCUUAUUCAAUAGACAGAGUUGAGCUCCUGGAUCAUAUUCGAGUAGUUCCACAUUGGCUGAUAAACACGAUUUGAAUUGUUAUCAGAAUUGGGU